AUGAUUGCGACAAAGCUCGACGAAAAGGCUCACCUAUCACAAGACAGGGAGCCGAAAGCUGAGAAAUUGUCUGGCAACGCCUAUUUUCGCAUAUUCACCUAUGCCGGCUCCUUUGAAUACACACUCCAGGGCAUCGCCUUCAUCGCCGCCAUUGGCUCCGGCGCGGGCAUCGCCCUGCAAAAUCUCAUCUUUGGCGAUUUCGUCACAACUAUGACCGACUUUGCCAAUGGCAAAGCAACACCCGCUCACUUCCGAAGCGAAUCCAGCAGACUUGCCCUGUACUUUGUCUAUCUCGGCAUCGCCCGAUUCGGCCUCUCCUACAUUUAUAACGCGCUCCUCACGUACUCGUCCUACCGCAUCGUGCGCAACAUCCGCACCGCGUACCUCCGCGCCGCGCUCAGCCAGGAGGUGGCCUUUUUCGACGUCGGCUCCGGCGGCUCCAUCGCCACGCAGGCGACCAACAACGGGCGGCUCAUCCAGGGCGGCAUCGCCGAGAAGCUCGGCCUCACCUUUCAGGGCCUCGCCGCCUUCACGACGGCCUUUGUCGUCGCCUUUGUCACGCACUGGAAGCUGACGCUCAUCACGCUCUGCGUCGCGCCCGCCAUCAUCAUCGUCAUGGGCGUCAUCUCCUUUCUCGAGGCCGCCAUCGAGACGCGGAUCCUCGACAUCCACGCGCAGGCCAACUCGUUUGCCGAGGGGGUGCUGGCGAGCGCCAGGACGGUGCAUGCGUUUGAGAUGCGCUCGCGCCUCGUGGCCAAGUUUGACACGUUUCUGCAAGAGGCCCAUCGGCUGGGCAACAAGAACUCGCCGCUGUUUGGCGCGCUCUUCUCGGCCGAGUACACGAUUGUCUAUCUUGGCUUCGGUCUCGCGUUCUGGCAGGGUGUGAACAUGAUGGCGAGAGGCGAGAUCCAGAACCCGGGCCAAAUCUUCACUGUUUUGUUGUCUGUUGUCAUUGCUGCCAUCAGCCUAACCAACCUUGCCCCGUACCUCAUUGAAUUUACGCGUGCCGCCACUGGCGCCUCGCAAUUGUUUGUCCUCAUUGACAGGACAUCCGGCAUUGACGCUUUUGCCACAGCUGGCGAGGCCCCAACUGAGACGGAAGGCGACAUCAAGAUUGAAAACAUCACAUUCGCCUAUCCUACCAGGCCGGAUACCAUUGUGCUCGACAACUUUUCUCUCAAUAUCCCUGCUGGCAAGGUUACUGCUCUUGUGGGCCAAAGCGGUUCGGGAAAGAGCACCAUCGUUGGUCUUCUCGAGCGCUGGUACGAUCCCCUCGCCGGCACCAUCAGACUCGAUGGUCGUCCCAUCACUGACCUCAACGUGAACUGGCUCCGCAAGAAUGUGCGACUCGUUCAACAGGAACCUGUUUUAUUCCAGGGCUCCGUGUACGACAACAUUGCCAACGGCCUUGUCGGCACGCCCUGGGAAAACGCCCCAGCAGCAGAGAAAAUGUCGCGCAUCCAGGAAGCCGCCAAGACUGCCUUUGCGCACGACUUCAUCUCGGAGCUGCCCCGGGGCUACGACACGGAAAUCGGCCAGCGCGGCGGUCUGCUGUCCGGCGGCCAGAAGCAGCGCGUCGCCAUUGCCCGCAGCAUCGUCUCCCAGCCCAGGGUGCUGCUCCUCGACGAGGCGACCAGCGCGCUCGACCCGCACGCCGAGGGCGUCGUCCAGCAGGCGCUCGACCGCGCGUCCAAGGGCCGCACGACGAUAACCAUUGCGCACAAGCUGGCCACGAUCCGCAAGGCCGACAACAUUGUCGUCAUGGCCCAGGGCCGCAUCGUCGAGCAGGGCACACACGAGACCCUGCUCUCGUCUGGCGGCGUGUACGCCAAUCUCGUCUCGAUUCAGAACCUGGCCGUGGCCGCCUCGUCCGACUCGGAUGGGGAGGAGUCGGCCAAGACGGCCACUGAAGGCGGCAGCGACGCGAAGCUCGACGCCGACCCGGCCGACGACGUGCAGCAGACGUUGACGCGCCACGCCACCGAGGAGCAGCGCCGCAUGGAGAGGCAGAAGAACCGCGACAGCUAUGCCAACCACAAGCAGCUCGGCAUGGUGGCCGCCAUUGCACGGCUGGUGAAAGAGAGCCCGGAGCUGACGUGGGCGUACAUUCUGACGGUGAUUGGCUGCAUGGGCGCCAGCGCGGCGUUUCCCGGACAGGCCAUCUUGGUCGCCAACACUGUGCAGGUCUUUACGCUGACGGGGUCCAAGAUGGUAGAGAGGGGCAACUUUUACGCCUCCAUGUUCAUCGUUCUCGCCGCCGGCUGUCUGGUGUUUUACUUUAUCCUGGGAUGGACGACCAACACGAUUGCCCAGGCCCUCUCGCACAAGUUCCGUCGGCAGAGCUUGGACGACAUGCUGCGCCAGGACCUGCAGUUCUUUGACCGGCCCGAGAACAACACGGGGUCGCUGACGAGCCGCGUGGACAGCAACCCGCAGUCGAUCCUGGAGCUCAUGGGCAUCAACGUCGGGCUCAUCUUCGUCUCGCUCCUCAACGUCGUCGGCUGCAGCGCGCUUGCCAUCGCCUACAGCUGGAAGCUCGGGCUCGUCGUCGUGUGCGCGGGGAUGCCGCCGCUGCUGGCCGCCGGGUGGCUCAAGAUCCGCUUCGACGUGCGGCUCGACGACCAGCUCUCGCGGCGCUACUCGAAGAGCGCCUCGAUCGCCUCCGAGGCCGUCACCUCGAUCCGCACCGUGUCGUCGCUCGCCAUCGAGGGGACGGUGCUACGGCGGUACACGCACGAGCUGGACCAGGCGGUCGCGGGCUCCGUGCGGCCGCUACUGUCCAUGAUGGUCUGGUUCGCGUUCACGCAGUCCAUCGAGUACUGGUUCCUCGCGCUCGGCUUCUGGUACGGGUGCCGGCUCCUGUCGCUGGGCGAGCUGUCGCUGUUUGGCUUCUUUGUCGCGUUCAUGAGCGUCUUCUACUCGGCGCAGGCCACGGCGCUGUUCUUUCAGUUCUCGACGAGCUUGACCAAGGGCAAGAAUGCGGCUAACUACCUGUUCUGGCUCCACGAUCUCGAGCCCACCGUCAAGGAGACGGGGGAGAACAAGAGCAACGGACCUGGCGCUGCGGGACCAGUGGCUAUUGAUAAUGUGCGGUUUUCGUAUCCGCUGCGUCCGGAGACGUCGGUUCUCAAGGGUGUGAAUCUUGAGAUAAAAAAGGGUCAGUUCGCAGCCUUUGUCGGCGCAUCCGGCUGCGGCAAGUCCACCAUGAUUGCCAUGCUGGAGCGCUUCUACGACCCCUCGACCGGCAGCAUCAAGAUUGACGGCAGGGAGCUAAGCAGCCUCAACCCGCGCCUCUACCGACGCGCCGUGUCUCUCGUGCAGCAGGAGCCGACGCUGUUCCAGGGCAGCAUCCGCGAGAACAUUGCGCUCGGCAGCGACGCGGCCGCCUCCUCCUCGUCCGCCUCCGUGUCUGACGCCGACAUCGAAGCCGCGCUGCGGGCCGCCAACGCGUGGGACUUUGUCUCGUCGCUGCCGGACGGGGUGCACACGGCGGCGGGCGCCAGCGGCACGCAGCUGUCGGGGGGACAGCGGCAGCGCAUCGCGAUUGCGCGGGCGCUGCUGCGCGGGCCGCGGAUCCUGCUGCUCGACGAGGCGACGAGCGCGCUCGACACGGAGAGCGAGCGCGUGGUGCAGGCGGCGCUGGCUCAGGCGGCGCGGGGCGGCAACCGCAUCACCGUGGCCGUGGCGCACCGGCUGUCGACGGUCAAAGAUGCGGAUGUCAUCUGCGUGUUUUACGGGGGCCGCAUCGUGGAGCAGGGGACGCACGGGGAGCUGGUUGCGCAGGGCGGCAUGUAUCGCAAGAUGUGCGAGGCGCAGAAUCUAGACUAG